AUGUCAGAAGUCUUCUGGUACAUCGUCUCCCGCGAUGAACCCGUCAUAUCGUUGACCCUCCCACCCAAGCUCUUCUACGUCCGGCACGGAAGUUCACAAGCCUACCCAACCGACGAUGGCGGAUUCAUUUCUCGUGCGCCAGACCGCGACAUCAGCAAUGAAGAAAAGCUCGUGGAAAACGCAGAGGCGCACUUUGACUGGUACAACGAGGAUUGGGAAUCUUGUUUCAUCUCGGCCUUUUCCGAUAAAAUCCACGCAUAUAAUUGGAGCCGCAGACCCUGCCUAAGGCGACCCGUCACAAUCUAUGAAUUGGACACACGAAAACUACCGCCGGGUAUUUUGGUAUUAGAUGUAUUCAUGCUUUGCACUUUUCUCGAUAUCGAUUACCAGUUUAAUAAGAAUAAGGAUGAGUUCCUCUUUUACUGCGGGAUACCGGGGAGUUGUGUGGUGGACCGCUGGGACCGGGAGGGGAAAUGGGAGUUGGUUGCGUCUCGUGCAGUGAAUAGAUACGCACCAAGAAUCACAGACUUCCCAAGCUCCUGGGCCAAAGUCAUAGGAAUAGCCGAACGAGCACAGAUUUGGGAGGAGCACAGAAGGCAAAGGGAACGGGAAGUUUUAGAGCGCCAGAAGUCUGUUGAACUCGACACCGCCGCUGUCUGUGACUCAGACGUAGUAGACGACCUUGCCGGCGAAAUGGAAGUCUUAGACCUCAACACCGACGUCGAUACCAGCUACGAGAGUGAUAUACCACGCCCAAACACCGCCCCAGGUAUCAUCACAACGACCACGGUCAGCAGUCAUGCUUCUCAGACCACGCAGGGGGAGCAGACAAGGCAAAGUAAACCGGAGGAAUUAGAGCGCCAAAAGUCCGCUGAAUCCAACAUCAACACCAACAACGACUCAUUGAUGAACGAAUUCAUCAAGCACAUGGAGGCGGUUGCCCUUGGAGCAACCCCAGUCGAACAUGAUGCGUUAAUUGACAAUACUCUCAAGAUGGCUCAGGAAAGUACCACGGCCGCACCCACAACCAGGCUCAACGAUUGUGCUGGUACCUCCAUGAUGCUUGUCCGUCUGCGGAGAGAACCUGCAGACGAUUCCGAGGGAGGUGCGUUAUUUUGCGCGACAGUGGCAGAUCGAUAUGUGCGGUGUGGUGGUGAUAUUGAGAUGGAAGUUGCGGAUGGGAACUGCCCGGGUGAGGUGGGUGGUGACGACACCACAAGUGGCAGAAAGUACGGUUCUGGGGCCUGA